GAGUGCAUCUUCCGCUAGAACAUGGCAAGAUACAUGGCCAUCAUUUUUGUCAUUUGUGCAUGUCGAGAGUAGUGGAGCGAGGCCCUUACAUGGAGCGAAGUCCCUCCAAUGCGGCGAGUCAUGGAGCGUGGCUGUUGUCGAGCGCCGAACGCUCAAGAUCAGGCAGCAGCCAUCACCCAGUUCCCCAGCUGCUGGCGUUGGCCUGUCUGCUCCCGCUUCGCAGUGUUUGCUUUCUUGCCACAGAGCAUCAUGGUUAUGACGGCGAGGAGAUGAGAGAUCGACAGGGGGAAGUAAACUACUCGGAUGCUCGUCUUCCUGAAGAAGUUGAUCAGGAUGAGACUCAGGAGGUCACAGUGGCUAUGGAUCAUCCUGGCAGCUGUCUUCUGCUCAUUGCUGUUCGUACCGACCAUUCUCGAGGUAGCGGCUGCGUCAGCAGUGGACACUUUGAGGAAGGUAGAACAGCUGGACACAUUGUCCAGGAGCUGGACAGGGGGCGCGAUCGAGGAGGUUCGAACGCAGUACGCUGCUCCAAUUGCCCAGUGGAUAGUGAACAUCGUGCUUGCGCUUGCGUUGGCCACGUGUAUCGAUAUGCUUUCGAUGACGUUUGCCGCUUUCUGCCUGCAGCUCUCGGGAUGGAAAGAGGCAAUGCCGCUCUCCAGAGACUCCUAGACGAGUGUGGAAGAGAGGAGGACGAUGGUCACGAUCCGGAGGUAGAGCGGCAGCUAUUGAGCGAGAGGGAGCGAUGGUUUCCGAAAGUGCUGGUGCAGAUUGUCAUGUAUAAUGAGCGGGAAUGCUACAAGCUGUCCAUCGGAGCCUGUGCGCGACUGGAUUGGCCGCGCGAUCGGCUGCUCGUCCAGGUGCUGGACGAUUCCGACGAAGAGGAGAUGAAAUCUCUAGUGCACGAGGAGGUAGAGCGAUGGGUGAAGGAGGAGGGUGUCAAAAUGGUCGUGAAUAGGCGUGCUGACAUAAGCGGCUUCAAGGGGGGUAACCUCAAGAGCGGGUUUGAGGCGCCUUACACGAAGGAGUACGAGUUCAUUGCCGUGUUCGACGCUGAUUUCCAACCCGAACCGGACUUCCUGGCGUGUACUAUUCCGUUUUUCCGCGACGAUCCCAAGGUGGCAUUGGUUCAGGCUCGGUGGGCUUUCAACAACUCCUACCAGAACAUUUUGACGCGGACACAGCUGAUCGACUUGUCCUACCACUUCGCAGUCGAGCAGCAGGUCCAGGCAGCGACGGGGCUUUUCUUCCAAUUCAACGGCACGGCGGGCGUGAGGAGAAGGUCGGCCAUCGUCGACGCAGGGGGGUGGUUGACUCGCACCAUAGUGGAGGACAUGGACUCGUCCUUCCGAGCGUUCUUGCGCGGGUGGAGGUUCAAGUACCUAGACCAGGUGCGCGUAGUGUCGGAGAACCCCACGAGCGUCCGUGUGUACUCUCGCCAGCAGCACCGCUGGUCUGCCGGACCUGCACGCUUGCUAGUCCUGGUCUUCGCGGAUAUCCUCCGCUGCAAGCAUCUGUCCUUCUCCAGCAAGUUUCACAUGCUGGUGAUGCUCAUGUUCUUCCGGAAAAUCGUUCCUGCCAUCGUCGGAACUGCGCUGGCUUUCCUCGUACUCCCGCUCUUCGCACUAAUCCCUGAGCUUGUCCUUACUCUGCCCAUCGCUCUCGUCGCCAUCUGUCUCGGGGCAGUCGUUGCUCGGAUACUGUCUGGGCGUCAGCAAUCGCUUCUUGCGUGUCUUCUCAUCGUGGCUCCUUACAUUUGGGUCGCGAGUUCCGUCGCUGUGACGAGAGCAAUUGGCUGCGUGCAGGGACUGUUGGACCGACCCGAGGCUAGCGAUUGGAUUGUUACGGAGAAGACGGGAGUGCGAGGGGGGCACGAAGAGUGUGACGAUGAUGAAGAAGACGGAGAAGAAGCAGGAGGAGAAGUAGAGGGGGACAAAGCUGUAGGAGGGCGGGGAGUCGGAUGAGAAGAAGAAGAUACUACUCUUUCUUGCGACGGAUGUGACUCGAGGUUUGACGAUUCAUCAGCUGCGCCAGCAAGUGAGGACGUCGAGAGCGGACAAUGCCAUGCGGAAGAUAAAAUGGGCGUCGGGCCACGCCCUCCUCCGCCGUCCAGCGCAGGUCGCCCUCGGCGGAAGAAGAAGAAGAGGACGAUUUUGAAGGCCCAAUUGUUUCUGGCGUUAUUGAUGCUGUCGAGUUGCAUUCCUGCCUUCCUGUCCGCCCGUGCGCUCUUUUAUUA